UGUUUGAUCGAAGGUUUGUGUGGUUGUUAACAUCUUUGUUUUGUGAUCCAGGAUCUUCUGAGUCUCUGAGGCCCCCCCCCCCACCCCUGUGGUCCUGCUGAAGUGUCUUUGAGCCUGAACCAGGAAGAGAGAAACCCGAGAGCCAAUCAGCCAACAUGGAGGGGAGGCGUCUUCUCCUGGGCCUGGUCCUAGCAGCGUGUUUCUGUGGCGGCUCUGCUCAGAGGACAGUCUGCACGCAAGAGGCUGUAGCCGACAUCAUCUUCAUGGUCGACGGGUCCUGGAGCAUCGGAACCCUGAACUUCGAGCAGAUCCGUCAGUUUCUGUUCACGCUGGUCAACAGCUUCGACGUGGGGCCGGACCACGUUCGCAUCGGCUUGGUCCAGUACAGCACAACGCCACGCACCGAGUUCCUGCUCAACUCCUAUCAGAACAAGGACGACAUACUCGAGUACAUCAGCAAAUUACCUUACAUGGGGGGCGGCACCCAGACAGGACAGGGCCUGGACUUCAUGAUGAGAGAGCACUUUACGGACAAAGCUGGGAGCCGGGCUAACCAGAAGGUGCCGCAGAUCGCUGUGGUGAUCACUGAUGGCAAAUCACAAGACAACGUGGAGUCCCACGCCCAAGAUCUGAAGCGCAAGGGAAUUGUUUUAUAUGCGAUCGGUAUCAAAGAAGCCGACGAAGAGCAACUGAAGGAGAUAGCGAGUGAGCCGCACAGCCAGCACGUCUACAGCGUGUCUGACUUCACUGCUCUGCAGGAGAUUUCUCAGAGCAUUGUCCAGACGCUGUGCACGACCGUGGAAGAAGCCAAACGACAACUCCUGCAGUUGUCUAAAGAAUGUGUCAAAGCUACUGUGGCCGACAUCGUCUUCCUCGUCGACGGAUCCUCCAGCAUCGGCAAAACUCAAUUUAAGGAAGCUCAGCGGUUUCUUCACAGUGUUGUUGAAGGUCUGGACAUUGGCCCUGACAAAGUUCGGGUUGGCUUGGCACAGUACAAUGAAGAACAGCACUCGGAGUUCUUGCUGAAGGAUCACGAGGACAAGCAAUCCCUGCUUGAGGCAAUAGACUCAUUUCCCUACCGAGAAGGCAGCACUUACACCGGGAAGGCCAUCGACUUCCUCAGGGAGACGUACUUCACAGAAGAGGCCGGGAGACAAGCCGACCAACGAGUGCCUCGGAUCGCUGUGAUCAUAACAGAUGGCGACUCCUCAGAUGAUGUGAAAGAGCCGGCAAAGAAGCUGCGGGAUGAAGGAGUUAUUGUAUUUGCCAUCGGGGUGGGACAGGCCAACCUAGAGGAGCUUGGGUCCAUCGCCAGCAGACCUCUAAAACGCUUCCGACUCACCAUCAAUAGUUACGAAGUUCUCAAGACGCACAGAGAGGAACUACUGCGAACUGUUUGUGUCUCCAUGGAGGAUCAGAGACAAGCAUUGGCAGAAAGGUUUUCAGACAUUUUCUUCCUGGUGGACAGCGGCGUGAGUGGACCAGAGUUCCAGCAGGUCAGGACCAACCUCGUCAAACUGGUCACUCAAUUAAACGUAGGAGCAUCUUCCCACCGUAUUGGCUUGGCUCAGUAUGCUGAAAAUACCUCGGUAGAAUUUCAUCUCAACAAGUUUGAAACCAAAAGGGAGACCCUGGCCGCUGUUAAGAGUUUCCGGAAGACUUCACUGAAACCUAACACGCCGCGUAACCUGGGCAGCGCCCUGCAGUUCGCAAGCAAACGCUUUUUCACCCAUGAAAGCGGAGGCCGUGCAGACCAGGGGUACCGACAGUUUCUGGUUGUCCUGAGUGGGAAGGAUUCAGAUGAUCCUGUGUAUAAGGGCUCUCGUGAAAUCAAAGCAGAAGGAGUUACUGUGAUCGGGGUGAACCUCAAAGCAUCCUCAGACAUGGGUUUCAUAUCUACGGGAUCUUAUGCCUACGAUUCUAUCGCCGAUGCUGUUUCUGUACUGAAAACUCUUUCUGAAAUACAGUACCAGGAAGCAGCUACUACUGGAGAUUGCCGAGCAGCCACAUUGGCUGACAUCGUGUUCAUUGUUGAUGAUUCCUCAAACAUUGGACCUGACAACUUCAGACUUGUCCGUGAUUUCCUGUACGCGACCGUGAGUGGCUUUGACGUCGCUCCAGACAAAGUCAGAGUCGGUAUUGUGAUGAACAGCAACGUGCCCAGCGCACAGGUCUACCUGAAAUCCUUCGAUACCAGGAAGGCCCUGCUGAAUUUCAUCAGGAUUCUUCCUUACCAUGGAGGUGACACUCACACUGGAGCGGCACUGAAUUUCACCCGAGAGCAUCUUUUCAUCAAGGCAAACGGAGGCCGGCGGCAGAAGGGCGUUCAGCGGGUGGUGGUCGUGAUCACGCUCGCUGACUCCAAGGAUGAUGUGAGCAGAGCAGCAUCUCUACUCCGUCGGGAUGACGUCACUGUUUACUCUGUUGGAGUUCAAAAUGCCAACAAGAGCCAGCUGGUAGAGAUGGCGUCUCAUCCCGCCUCUAAUCAUAUUUUUACCGUGGACAGUUUUGCCAAACUGAAAUCUCAAGAGCAGAACCUGCAGAAAUUCCUUUGCUUUAACAUUCUGCGUGAAUCGUUCUCAGUCGAGGCGAGAAGAACCGGAAUCAAAGAAGGGUGCGUUCAAACAGAUGAAGCAGAUAUCUUCUUCCUGAUUGAUCACUCAGGAAGUAUUUACCCCUCAGACUUCAAUGACAUGAAGAAGUUCAUCAUAGAGUUUCUCAACACUUUCCGCAUUGGCAAAGAUCAUGUCCGUGUUGGAGUUGCAAAAUAUGCAGCUUCGCCAGAGUUAGAAUUUGAUCUGGAUAAAUACGAGAAUGCCAUGAAAUUGGAGAAAGCGGUGGAGGAAAUAAAACAUGUAGGAGGCGGGACAGAGACAGGAAAAGCAUUGAAAUUCAUGAGCCCACUUUUUGAAAAUGCGUCUCGCUCCCGAGGACACAAAGUCCAGGAGUUCCUGGUGGUCAUCACUGAUGGAAAAUCUACUGAUGGCGUCAAGGUUCCUGCAGAAAAGCUGAGGGCUGAGGGCGUCAUCAUCUAUGCCAUCGGGGUGAAGAAGGCAAAUGAAACGGAGCUGCUUCAGAUUGCCGGUGACAAACAGAAGAGGUUCUAUGUUAAAAACUUUGAAGCCCUAAAGCUAAUCAAGGAUGACAUCAUCACAGACAUAUGUUCUACAGAAGUUUGCAAAGACAGACCAAGCGACCUCAUCUUUUUGAUUGACAGCUCAGGGAGCAUCAAUGAACUAGACUAUGUUAAAAUGAAGGAAUUCAUGAAGUCUGUCAUCAACAAGACCGCCGUCAGGCAGAAUGAUGUGCAUGUCGGUGUCAUGCAGUUCAGCUCAACUCCACAACUUGAGUUCAAACUCAACGAAUUCUUCACCAAAGAGGAAAUGUCCAAAGAAAUUGAUAAUAUGGUUCAGAUGAAAAAACGCACCCACACGGGUGAAGCCAUCACAGUCGUGUCACAGUAUUUCGAUGCAAGCAGUGGAGGGCGUCCCGACUUGAGGCAGACGCUGGUGGUGGUAACAGAUGGUGAAGCCCAAGAUGGUGUCAAAGGACCCGCAGAGGCUCUGAGAGCCAAGGGAGUGGUGAUCUACGCCAUUGGAGUUAUGGAGGCUAACACCACUCAACUGCUGGAGAUCAGCGGGUCGCCAGAGAAGAUGUAUGCUCAGCGGAACUUUGACGCCUUGAAGGCCUUGGAGAACCAGCUGGUUUUGGAGAUGUGUGAGCCAGAGAGAGAUUGUAAGAAGACGAAACAGGCUGAUCUUAUUUUCCUGGUGGAUGGUUCCAGAAGCAUCUACCCGCCUGACUUUGAAACCAUGCAGAGGUUCAUGGAGUCAGUGGUGAAUCUAACCACAGUUGGUAAAGACCUGACUCGCUUCGGGGUCAUUAUGUUCUCCAACGACCCCGAAUCCAUUUUUACUCUGAACCAAUACAGCUCCAAGCAAGAGGUUCGUAAGGCGAUCUCAGCCCUGACUCGCCCGGACGGAGAGACCUACACUGGAAAAGCCUUAGCAUAUUCAAUACCGUUCUUUGAAGCUGUUAAUGGAGGUCGAGCCGCACUCCGGGUGCCUCAGAUUCUCAUGGUGAUCACAGAUGGCAAGGCUACUGACCCUGCAAAUCUGGCUGCACCAUCCGAGGCACUGCGAGAGAAAGGAAUCCGCAUCUUCAGUGUCGGCGUUGGAAAAGCGAACGUGACUGAGCUAGAGAUCAUGGCUGGUGACAAAUCCAGAGUUUUCUAUGUGGACAAAUUCGAGGCCUUGGAAACUCUGUACAAGAAUAUUUCUGGAGUUCUCUGCGUUGACACUAAGCCAGUUUGUGAAAAGCAGCAGGCCGACCUGGUCUUCGUACUCGAUCAGUCUGAAUCCAUCUUGGAUGAGGAAUACUCGCUCUUGAAGAAUUUCACAGCUGAGUUAGUGAAGAGCUUCAACAUCAGUAAAGGUUUAGCGCACGUUGGACUAGGACGGUUCAACCACGAAUUUAAACAUGAGUUUUACCUCAACAAUUUCUACACCGAAAAAGCAGUGGUCAGGCACAUCAUGGAUAUGAAGCAGAUCAAGGGAGGAACUAAGAUUGGAAUGGCCUUGAACUUCAGCAAGGAAUACUUUACGGCAUCACGGGGAAGCCGUGUAUCUGAAGGGAUCUCCCAGAAUCUGGUGCUGAUCACAGAUGGCGAUUCACAGGAUUCGGUGGUAGAAGCAGCCGAGGAGCUCAGGGUUCUGGGGAUUGAGGUCUUCGUCAUCGGCAUCGGAAAGAUCAAUCACCAGCAGCUCCUGAGUAUAACUGACUCAAAGAAGGUCUUUAUUGUGGAGAACUUCGGUAGCUUGGAAAAGAUCAAGCAAAAGGUGACGGAGCGCAUCUGCGAAAACACACCCGGCAAACCUGAAGGCUGCACCAUCGAUGUCGCCAUGGGAUUUGAUAUUUCUAGAAACAGAAAUCCUGGGGACACGCUGAUCAGCGGCCACCCCAAGCUCGAGAAGUUCUUACCAGUCAUCGCCACUUACGUUUCCUCAGUAAAAGACAUCUGCUGCGUCAACCCCUCAACUGUUAGGACCAGCAUCGGCUUCCGAUUGGUGGGUCAGGAUGGACGCACCCUGGACGACACCAGCUUCGAGCUCCACAGUCAAGACAUAGUGAACAAAGUCAAGAGAAUGACGUUUGCUGAACCAACUAAAUUCAACACUGCCCUCCUGAAAUCCUUCAAGGAGAAGUUCCAGGGGUCCAAUGCUGGAGUGAAGGUGCUGGUGAUCUUCUCAGACGGACUUGAUGAAGACGUGAUGACGCUGAAGAAAGAAGCCGAGCAGCUGAGACUGUCUGGCGUCAACGCCCUGCUGACCGUGGCCCUGGAGGGAGCCCGUGACCCCGCCCAGCUGCAGAUGGUGGAGUUCGGGCGAGGCUUCGGUUACAAGCUCCCGCUGAGCAUCGGCAUGUCGAGUGUGGGCAGCAGCGUCCUCAAGCAGAUUGACACCGUGUCCAACAAGGAGUGCUGCGGCCUCCUGUGCAAAUGUUCGGGAAAUGAAGGCAUCCGUGGCUCGUGGGGGCCCCCGGGGUCAAAGGGUGCCUCUGGACAGAAGGGUUAUCUGGGCUUCCCAGGAGAAGAGGGCGGCGCUGGCGAGCGAGGGCGUCCCGGGCCGAGCGGACCCCAGGGCCUGGAGGGAUGCUCUGGGCUCAGAGGACCAAAGGGCUUCCGAGGCAUCCGGGGGAACAGGGGUGAAGACGGCGAGGACGGGCUGGACGGAGUCAACGGAGAACAGGGAGUGACGGGAAACAGCGGAGGCCUGGGAGACAGAGGACAUCCAGGAAACCCAGGUAUCCCCGGUAUCAGAGGGGAGGCGGGGCUAAAAGGACAGCGAGGACUGAGAGGAGAUCCGGGUGAACCAGGCGCUGACAACAGAACCCCAGGACCCAGAGGGGAGUCCGGCAACCCGGGUUCACCGGGACCGGCCGGACUGGACGGACGUGCGGGGGAGGGAGGAGGCCUUGGAAACCCGGGUCCAAAUGGAAGGAGAGGGCCGCUCGGGGAGAAGGGGGCCUCUGGAAGGCCAGGAGAUGCAGGAGUACCAGGGAGCCCUGGAGCUUCUGGUAUACAGGGUCCCCGAGGGGUCAGAGGUCAACCUGGACCGAGAGGAGGCCCUGGUCUUCCCGGACCCCAGGGAGGACCAGGAGCAGCUGGAGCACCGGGUUCCGUCGGGCAGCGUGGAGCCAACGGGCAGAAGGGCCAACCAGGAGACUCCGGGGGUCCGGGUGUGUCAGGAUCCCAGGGACCCAGAGGAAUGCCUGGCCAGGAUGGGAGAGAUGGUCAUGGACCUCCGGGACUGAAAGGUGUCAAGGGAGAUGCUGGUUUCCCCGGUUAUCCUGGUCUUCAGGGUGAGGACGGUCUGCAGGGACCCAAAGGAUCCCCAGGUCCUAAAGGAAACCGAGGACGAGGAGGCAACUCAGGCCGACCGGGGGGCUCAGGAGGGACUGGAGAGCCGGGUUACUCAGGACACAGAGGACAGCGAGGUCUGCCUGGAGGGAAAGGCAUGACGGAGUGUCAGCUCGUCACCUACAUCAGAGACAACUGUGCUUGUUCCUUUGAUCGAUCCCAGUGCCCGGCCUACCCCACGGAGCUGGUGUUUGGUCUGGACAUGUCUGACGACGUGACCCCGGCCUCCUUCGAGAGGCAGCGGGCCGCCCUCCUGUCUCUGCUCGAGGACGUGGCCGUCUCAGAGAGCAACUGUCCAACCGGCGCCCGGGUCGCCGUGGUCGCCUACAGCACCUACACCAAGUACCUGAUCCGCUUCCAGGACUACAGGCGCAAGAAGCAGCUCCUCGAAUCAGUGAAGAACAUCGCCCUGGAGAGGACGUCCAACAAACGCCACCUCGGGGCCGCCAUGCGCUUCGUGGGUCAGAACGUCUUCAAGCGGGUGCGAGCUGGAAUGAUGAUGAGGAAGGUGGCGGUCUUCCUCUCUGGCGGGCGGACACAGGACGUUGACAACAUUGUUACCGCUGUGAUGGAGUACCGGGCCCUGAACAUCGUCCCGGCGGUCAUCUCUCUGGAGAACGCUCCAGCCAUUGGUCGAGCCCUGGAGGUCGACGACUCCGGAAACUCCAUCUUCUCUGUGCUGGGUCGGGACAUGGCUGCCAACCUGAGGAAGGUGAAGAACUGUGCCAUCUGCUACGACCCGUGCAGCCGUGCAGCCGAGUGCACCUCGGUCCAGGAGCCGCUGCCCCCCCAGGAGGUGGACGCGGACCUGGUCCUGUUGCUGGACAGCUCCAGGGAGAUGCAGGCGGACGAGUACACCGGCGCCCAGCAGCUGCUGGGCUCUGUGGUGGAGCAGCUGGCCGUGAGCUCGCAGCCCCGCCGGGCCGGCAAACAGGCCCGGGUGGCUGUGGUCCAGCAGAGCGGCACCCAGGCUCCCAAAGUGGAGUUCGGUCUGCAGGCCUACCAGAACCACAGCGGGAUGAGGACGCACCUGAUCCAGAACAUGCAGCAGCAGGGCGGCUCCUCGGCUCUGGGACAGACGCUGGAGUUCACCCUGAACGAGCUGCUCCUGAAGGCCCCCCAGCCCCGCAGGAGGAAGGUGCUGCUCGCCGUGGUCGGCACCCAGACCGCUGACUCCGACCGGGCCAAGCUGCAGUACAUCUCCCAGAAGGCCAAGUGUGAGGGCGUGGCGGUGUUUGUGGCCACGGUCGGCGAUCGCUACAGCCGGGCGCAGGUGGAGGCGCUCGCCAGCCCCCCCGUCCAGCAGCACCUGAUCCACCUGGGCCGACCAAUGGCCGACGAGCAGGGAUACGCCCAGCGCUUCUUCAGAGUGUUCCUCUGCGCCCUCACCAGGGGACUGAACUCGUAUCCUCCUCCGUCCUCCAGGCAGAGGUGUGAUCAGCUGAAGGGUCAAGCUGGAGGACAGGGUCCAGCUGGAGGACAGGUCUUCUUCAGCGGUCAGGAGCAGGGGGCGUGGCCGGAGGAGGAGUUCGCUGAUGAGGCGAAGGAGAAGUUCCAGGAGACGAGGAGACGGACACAGAGUGGACAGCUGGACGUCCUCCAGAGGCUGAGCACAGGAGAGGGACACACACUGAUCACUGGAGGCAACGCCCGGUGUCGGCUGGACGCUGACGCUGGUUCUCAGUGUGACGACUUUGUGCGAGUCUGGUUCUUUGACCGGCUGCUCGGUGCAUGCUCGCCCUUCUGGUUCGGCGGUUGCGGCGGUAACGCCAAUCGCUUUAACACGGAAAACGAAUGUUUGCAGACGUGUGCCACGGACAAUCCCAGUCACCUGACGCCGCCGCAGCUGCACAGCUUCGUCUCCAAAGACGCCUGCUUCCUCGGCCAGAACCCCGGCAGCUGCCAGGACUACACCAUGAUGUGGUUCUUCGACACCGAGCAGAACGAAUGUUCUCGCUUCUGGUUCGGAGGCUGCGGCGGCAACGAGAACCGCUUCAAGACACAAGACGAGUGUGAGAACCUGUGUUUGACGAAGAGUCGAUGAAGAGGAGAUCUGUUGCAAUCUGACACAAAGAACAGGAGCAUUCAGGAAAAACAUGCAUCUUCAAGGAAAACCACCAGGGGGCGGCCAUGAGUUCUUUAAAAGUCUCUAAACUGCAAAUGUCUUCAGGGAAAGUUGAAUGUUUGAAUUUGUUUCAUUUGACUCGUGGACGAGUUUCCUGUGUUUUUUCUUCAACGUGUACGUUUGACUGAGGUCGACGUCCAUCUUCACUUUCAUGAGGUUGAUCCGAAACUUUCAGAGUGAACGAGGGAAAGAAACAUUAAAAGUGAGUUUAUAUGAACUUUGAAGUUUGGUUUCAUAAUUUAUCACAUUGUUUUAAAUCAAAACUAAUAAUCCCAUGUUUUUCUGGGACAGAACGUCUCAGUGAAAACGUGUUGAAGAGAAAAACCUAAAAGACGUUUUAUCUGAAAACUUUCUUUUCAAAGUUUGGCACCAAACUAGUUUUUUUAAUCAAAUAAUCAAAUAAAAAAUCAUUUAAUUUCAACAAGAUAAGUAACGAUCAGUGUGUGAACACAAACAACUGAAGAAGACAACUGACGAAAAUGUAAAACUGAUCCGCUCCAGUUUUUAGAAUAUAUUCUUUAUCGUACAUUUUAUUCUGCUUUAUUCUGUCGUCUCCAUGUUUUAUUUUCAUGUUUCCUGAACUUUCACUUAUGUUGAGCUGCAGCUUCGUUAUGAUUAAAGAUCAAGUUUCAAACUGA